CUGCUUCAGUUUUAAAAAUAGUCAACGUCCUCGUGGUUGAACUUCAGUCUGCUGCCGGCUGAGAUCAGUGAACGUUAUCUUUCUGGCACCCUCUCUACGUGGGGUGGAAGUCAGUCGUUCAGAGUCUGAAGAAGAGCUAGUCAUACAAUAAGUCGAAAAUGUCUGCAGCAGCUCAAACAGUUUUAGCAUCAGCCAAACGGUUGGUCCCUCUCUUCGAUAGGGUUCUUAUCCAGAGAGCUGAGGCAGUUACCAAAACGAAGGGUGGCAUUGUAAUCCCUGAAAAAGCUCAAGGCAAGGUUCUCACUGGAAAAGUGAUCGCUGUUGGACCUGGCAGCAGGAACAGUGAAGGACAGCAUGUCCCCAUCUCUGUUAAAGUAGGAGACCAAGUUUUACUUCCUGAAUAUGGUGGCACCAAGGUGGAAUUAGAAGAAAACAAAGAAUUCCACUUAUUCAGAGAAUCAGAUAUCCUUGCCAAGAUUGAAUCCUGAAGAUACAUUUACCCAUGUGCUAAUUCCUGAUCACAAGUGCAUCUCAUUGUAGUUUUAAAUUCAGUGUGGCCAGUAUGUUCCCAAGACAUUAUUCAGUUGGUGGUCAUGCAGGUCGGACAGUGGCAUUUUAUGUUGUGAUGUGUAUCUGAUGGAUGUGUUAGAUUAGUUCAAAAGAAUAGUGUCUCAUGGUGUCCUUUAUGUGGAUAUUGAUAUGGCAGGAGAUUGUGUGGGAAAAUUGGCUUUACUCCGUUACGUUGUUCAAAUACUAUGUCUAAUAAAAUGUUCAUUUAGAUAA